AUGACAAAGCGCAAGAGACCCAUCCCGAGUUUUGGAAGUUACAAACCUCCUGCUCAACCUUUUCGACCACCGGCUGAUAGUGCUCAUCAGUUGAAAUCAACUGAUACCAAAAAACACAGCCGAGUCCGUCAAAGUCAAGGGGGUCAUUCUGUUGGCUGGGAAACACAGACUGACCCGCGUCAACUAUCUGAUGGUGACCUCUUCUGUAUUGAUACUAAGGGUGAUCCCUCAAUCCUGAAGAAUGCUUACAUCGGUGGAGGAUUGUCUAACCGCGGUCAUGUACCUGUGGAUGCAGGUAAUUCGAACAAGGGCCUCCUGAGUACCCCCCAUAAGCGCACAAAUACGCCCGAGCGUGUCGCUUUUGUGAGCUCUCGAGGUCUUCCAGAUUCUGAUCUUGAUGGGACGAAUGACCUCAUCCAUUUUGACAAUGACGAUAGUGAAGAGAUUCUACGUGACGCGAGCCCUAAUGUAGAAACAGAACAUGAGAGCAUCACCUCUAGUAUCAAAGCUGAAAAGGAAAUACUGGCUCGCAACCAGGAGCUGUGGCGCGCAACGAAAGAGGAUCCCAAAAGUGUUGAUGCGUGGUUAGCCCUGAUUCAACAUCAGGAUCUCUUGCUGCGAGAUCGUGAGGCAUCAUCAAAACCACUAAACACUGCCACGCAGCAAACUCUGGCCAGCAGCAGAAUAUCUCUGUAUGAGGAUGCCAUUUCGAAAGUCGGAAAUUCGCCCCGCAAAGACAUAUUGAUCAUUGGCUGGUUGCAGGAAGGAGCAUGUCUGUGGGAUAGGUCUAAGUUGUUGGAGCAGUGGCAAUCAGCAUUGGCCAACAACCCCCAGUUCAUUGCUCUAUGGAUGAAAUACAUUGACUUUCGGCACACUGACUAUCCAUCAUUCACAUUUGUCGAUUGCCUCAUGCUGUAUCAGGAGUGCCUACGAAUGAAUGCCUCUGUGACCAGUGGAGAUCAAAAGUGGGUCAACCUUUGCUAUAUCUUUCUGCGAAUGACUCUCUUUCUACGAGAGGCGGGCUAUGUUGAGUAUGCAGUUGGUCUCUGGCAAGCGGUUCUCGAAUUCUGUUGCUUUGCACCGACAGAGUUUGCUGAUCACACCGUUGGAGACAAGACACAAGCACUCUCGUCAUUUCAUCGAUUCUGGACAUCCGAAUCAGCCAGAAUUGGGGAUUCCGGCGCAGCUGGCUGGCGAAGCACCACCACGACGAAAGUGAUUCCUGUCACCCAGCACACCGCUACCUUCAACUCUUCCGAUCCUCUGCGCAGCUGGGUCGAGGCAGAGAGGGACAAUAUCUCUAAGAAUCAAAUGCCGUCGCGUGCGUUUGACGUGCUCGAUCCUUCUUCUAACGCUGCCUUUCACACUCUGCUAGCUGACGACGUCGUUGAAUCCUUGGACUUCUUUUGGGGGUUGAACUCGUUAAAUACACUGAUAGAUGCAUUUCACAAUUUCUGCUAUCUCCCGCCUCUUUCUCCAACCCGAGGCUGGAUCCAAGAUAAUCUCACUCACAAUGAGUUUGUGGACGACUAUCGACUGGGCCUCUCUGCUUGGAUGCCUCCUAAAGACCAAUCUCCAGCUUUACCUACCGUCUUUCCAAUCUCGAACUUUGUUAUAACAACGGAAACAUUGUUCCCCUCUAAGAAUUGGUUCUCAUUCUUCUACGCAUGGAGUAAAGACGAUUUUUCUAGUUGGGUCAGUCGUUGUGCCUGGGUCCGUAGAGCGUUGCGGGCUUUGAUGGAACGCUAUUCUUCGAAUGAUGCCCUCGCGGAGCACAUUUUGGCCUUUGAAUUCGCGUGCUCUCCCGUGAAAGCGAAAUCACUCGCAAAAAAGGUCCUCAGCCGCGGUCAGUCACGUCUCCGUAUAUGGAACGCAUACGCUCUUAUGCUAUCACAGAAUGGCGAACACGAGUCUGCCAACUCUGUACGAAUGAGGGUCUGUGAACACCUGAAACAGUCUAGGGAUGUUAAUACUUCGGAAUGGGCUCUUUUUUGGCACUCGUGGAUUUGGUCCUUUAUCGCUCAAAAAGACCUCAGGCAAGCAAUCUACCUUAUUAAUCGCUUGCCCAAAGUUAUCGGCGGAAUGUCAGAUUGCUCUUGGGAUGUGACACAGAUUUCCGCAAGUGAUGAGGAGGUGAUGUCAGCUAUAACUUUCAAAAUACUGGAGAAUGGUAUUCAUGCACUCCAGCUGGAAGCAUUGAGCAAAUCAGAUUGGCGAACCUUCGUCAUCUACACUGAUUGUUUAGCAAUCAGCUCAUAUUUCGCAGGGGCGGAAGCACUGAGCUUUUACAGCAAGGCCGUUUCCGAACUGGAAUGGUAUUGCAAGACCGACAUAGCAGAGGCGAAGGAACUGAUACAUCAGUCUCGCUCAAAACUUGUCUUUCAUUUUAUGAAAAACCCCUCCGAGGCCCGCAAUCAUAUGAUGUCGCGCAAACAAUUCAGCCCGCUCGAGUUUCGUAACUUGUUGAAAGAGAGUCUGGUCUUGUUCCCGCAGAACACAAUGUUCUUGUCUUUGAUGUUGUGGAAUGAGUCGAAAGUUUCCUUCAAGGAGCGGAUAUUUGACCCGUGGGCUGCUAUCAGCUCACAUGACAUGUAUCGUUCCCACUCCACCUCCUUGUUUGCCAUUUACGUUGAUCUUUUUCGCUCGCCUUCUCACCGUACUAGGGAGGUAUUCGAAAAGGUUCUCGAUGAGCAUCCAGAAUUCGGACAGUUCGCAACCGCCGACAGUGACAAGAAUCUCACCUACGCCAAUCGCAACGCCAGAUCAUGUCUUACUAUUUGGAAGCUCUAUGUACUCUUUGAGCUGUAUUCAACUAAGGAUCUCAAGGCAGCCAAGGCAGUUUUCUACCGAGCGAUCAGUGCCUGUCCCUGGUCGAAGGAGCUUGUGAUGCUUGGCUUUGAGCACCUGCGAGAUGACUUAUAUAACUUUGAGAGAGGCAGGUUCAAUGGAAAGGGCCUCAGCUUGGAAGACCUUCAAAAGAUCUAUACACUCCUCCACGAUCGACAGCUGCGCGUGCAUGUUGAUAGCCCAAAUUUCAUGGAUCUCGACAAACAGGCAGAAAAUGCAACUUCCGGUGCAAUUUGA